AUGUCGGACGUUAAUGUAAAUCAUUUGAUACAUCUUUCACUGGUUAAAAUUGCCAAGAAUUUACAAAGCCGUAAAGGUUGCGAAUUGAGACGGACGUUAUUAUUAAGUUCCAUCUUAGAUCGGGCGAGAUACUGUGCUACGACACCAUGCAGUGAAAGUGACGAAAUGAUAAUCGGAAAUGAUGACAACAAAAAUUCAUGUCAAAAUGCGAUAGUGGCCCAUGCAAACGAUUACGAUGAAAGCCAAAAUGAUGCUGUUUGUCAACAAUCCCAACAAGGAAUGGAAGAUUUAUCCACAGUGUCGAUGGAUUGUGAAAGCGUAGCGGACGACAGCAAAUUGAUACUAGAGAAAGACUCUCAAAGGAGUGAUGAUAUCCAUCACAAUGAUGCCAAUCCAUCCCAUCAGCCGAAAUUAAGAGAUGAUGACCAUUGCAACGGUCAAAAAAGAAAGUUACUCAUUGUUAAUAAAGAUCAAGUUGUUCCCGGUGAUUCUGUUGAAAUUACUGAAUUGGAGUACUAUCGGGAAGAAGAUGAAAAAGAUGAAAAUUCACUCAUGGAUUUAUGCUCACCCACAAAGCGUAUUAAAGUUUUCUAA